CACUUGGCAGCAGCGAACACCGAGACGUACAGAUGAGUUACGCAAAAUGACUUCCAGGAUACAGUGGAACCAAACGCUAGGCAUGCCGAUAAUCUACGUAAACUUGUUUCCAGAAUAGCACUAGCGGUCGGCGGUACAGAUGCGUUACGCAAAUUGUUUUCCCGAAUAGCGCCGAAGCCCCGCCCGUCACUUCCAUAGAGUACGACACGAAAAUGAGUAAAUCAUUACAAGACAGAGGUUAAAUUCGAAGACCAUUGUGGAAAUUAUAUAUUAGCAGACUGAAGCUAAAAAUUGAGGACAGCUAAUGCAAAUGCUAAAGCCACUGUAACUAAAAUGGCGUUCCAAAUUUCACCGAAUAUUGACAGUCUCCUUUGCCAGCUGGUAAUAGAAGUUCGUGAGCUUUCUGUGAAGAAGACUCAAAUCGACCGACAAAUUGAAGCAGUUUGUAAAGCUGACAUUGCAGAAAGGAGGACUGAUAACCAAAGGACGCGCAAAAAUAUUGACAAUCUGGAUGAGGACAUUGAACUGAAACAGAACACUCUGAAACACAACAGAGCAGUUGCAAAAAGCAUGAAGGCAACUCAGGCAUUGCUGCUUCAGUACGAGCGGACUCUGAUAACAGAACUGGAGAGCGUUAAAGUCAAUUACAGCAAUGACAAGGAAGUGUAUGCAGAAAAAAUUGCAAGCUACAGCAAGCUUUUGCAGUCUCAUGAAAAGCCAUUUGCCCAAAAGCUGAAGGCUUACAACGUUGACAUGGACAGCCGCAUCAAGGCCUGUCAUGAUCAAGUAACAAUAAAAGCCAAGGAAGGGGGACAUCUCACUGAUACCUCUCCCUCCUCAUCUUCUUCAAAGAAACCAGCUGACAGUGACCCUGAGCAGCUCCCCACAGCAGAACUAGACAAAGAAACAGAGAAUGUAUCCGUGGAUGAUUCUGCCACUGUCAUCACCUCUGUCAGUCUGGAUGAGAUAAAGAAGAGAUGGCAGAGCGGUCCAGAAGCUGCGGCAGAUGGGAAUAUUGAAGAAAUGGACACAGAAAGGGAGGCUCAGGAGUGGCCCUCCUGCAGUGCUGAUGAAACAAGAAGCAAUAAGCAAAUUGUGAGGUUAAAUCCACAGACAGAGGAGUCAACUGAGAUGCACCAUAAAGAAGCAGAGGACCAGGAGACUGGGACAGUAAGUACAGCUAAGAAAGCAGCAGUAUCAGAGGUAGUGGAGGGAGCAGAGGAAGAAAUGGAAGAAAGAACAGCAGAGCAAGAGCAGGACCCAGCCAAUGAGGGCAAUGGGGAUCAAGUCACUCUGCAUGAAGUUCCUCAUCCUCCGUCGUCCUCAGCUCUAGCAGGCACUGUGCCUGUAACACCAAUGUUGCGCUUUAACUUCAGCCCAGCUUGUUCCCCAAUUCAGGAAACGUCUGAUACCAAAUCUCCAGCUUUCACGUUCUCACUGAACUCUAAUCCCUGCACCCCAGGCUUCUCGAGUUUUGGGUUUGAUGUGGUCUCUUCCUGUGAUGAGGAUUUAUCUUUUCCAUUUGGAAGCUCUGUUUUCAGCGAGAAGGAAAACGUGGAGCCACAAUCAGGCGGCCUGGACUUCCUGUUCAAACAAACAGAGCAAAGUGAGGACUUCCAAUUUGCCUUCGCCUCCAAGAGCCCCGCGGCUAGCAAGGCAAAGACCAUGGAUGAGUUUCCCUUUUCUUUCAACUUUUAAAGAGUUUUGUACAUUCACAUAGAAAGUUUAGAACAGUGUUCAGAUAUGAGAUUUUAAAAAGUGAGUUUAUUGUAAAAGGUCACUUCUGUGGUUCUGUGAAGUGGCAUCCGUUCAUUUGUUUGUUUCACCAUUUCUGAAAAUAUUUCUUUCCACGAUGAGAACAUUUCAACACUAAUGCAUCCCAUUCCCAUUUUUAAUCAAGCCAUUUGUUUGCAUGUUUUAAAUAUUGUAAUAAAUGCAUGAUUAUACAUCUAAUCUGUUUAGAUUAAUUACUUACAAAGAUUAGCAGUUCAGUCUCACAGCGUGUAAAUAUUUAAGGAAGUCAACAUUUCAGUGUAAAAUUAAUGGACCCUUUGAGGACGAGGAUGUUACAACAUGGAUACACAGCAAUAUUUCACUUUUUGGCUCUCAUUCAUUAUUGAUUCAGUAGUUAAUCUCACAGGAGGUUCAUUUUAACACGACUGCAUUUCUAUGUCUUAGACAACGUCAUUCAGUAGCAUAACUUGACGUUUGAUGUUUAAGAAUGUCUGCACUUUGGCAUCAAGAAUACAGUGAAACCUCUAAAUUCAAAUGCCAUACAAACAAAGUUGUACAAUUCAAGAUUUGACCAAAAAUUCUCUGGAAAAACAUGCAUCAAAAGUUGCACAAAUUCCUAAAGUUCAAACCACCUUCAUAAGGUUUUUUGUUGUUUGUUUUUGUGAUGCCACAGAAGGAUACGAGUGACAGCAAAGAGGAAAAGCUGAAAGUAAACACAGAACUUCUUGCAACGUAGUGGUAAUGUACUGCAACUCUGUCAGUGGUACACACGGCUCUCACGUUAACUUCUUUUACACUUGUGUGACAGUUAGGAAUGUUGAAAACAUUGCCUGUACAGUUAAUAAAGGGUUUAUGAUGGAGACAGUUUGACUUUGGAACAGACUAAAUUUACCAUCCCUUUUCAAAUGUGCAAAUUUUAGUUGGAAGAAUGGCAGAAUGUACUGUUUGACCUUAGAGGAACCUGUGCAAUAGAUGGGGUUACAUACACCCCAAUGCCACCAGUGAAUGGCAAAAAUCUGCGAUUUAACAAUUGAGAUGCCCAUGAAAAUGUAUAUUUUUGACACACGGCUCACUUCCUCCUGCUAGCUUUAUGUUUAACAUUCUCAGAUUUCAGAUCAACAUUUGCAAUAAGAGUGACUUGUAAUCUCUCUUCAAUGUGCUUCAAACAGUUAUAAAGCGCAUUUUUUGUAACCACUACUGAAUGAUAAUGUAAGAUGGAAUCACAGAGUCAUGGUGCAGAAGUUACAUAUAAUUUUCACUUCUCACAGCAACUUUGAUGAGUUCAAGGACGACCAAACAAAGUGCGAAAUCUCAACACUUGAUGAAAAAACUAUCGGCGAAGCAGAGAGGCAGAAACAUGGAAAAAUUGUGUGCUUUGGUACAUGGUGGAUGCUGUACAUUUUACCUGUAUUAUAACGUAUUACCAACUUAGAGUGAAUGAGAUGUGUUUUAUGUGGAAAAAACACGGCCUAUUUCGGACAAAAAAAGAGAAUAUAAAAAAAACUAUUAUGUUUUGACCACAUGAAUGCUGAAUCGUGAGUGUGCAGGGCUCCACUGUAUUACACCUAAUGCCCCAUUAAAUAAAUAAUAGCAGUAGUUUAUUUUUACCCUUUGCAAACACAGUAGCAGGCAUGUAGAAAUGUAAAGGACAGGCAAAAGAUUUUUUAAAAGUGCUGAGUGCAAUUUGGGGGCACCUAGAAGCCAGAGUCAAUGCUGAGAGAGCGACGGGUCACGUGUUCAAUCUCUCCUGGCACGUAUUCACAGAAGCUAGUUUGGUACUUUGCCAACAUCUUCUGCAUAGGCCGCAGGUUAAACCACCACUGGACUUUGGGCAUUCGGUGCCUGCAAGACGACAUCCCAUAAUUUCAUGACUCAAGACUAGACUGACAACUGUGCUGCAAGAAUUCCUGGAGCUUACUCAAAGUCGGUGACGUCCUUGAGUUCAGUGAUGGGGCUGAAUGCUACGACCUUCCUGUGGAGGCCGAGGACGCAGGCAGAGUCUGGCGAGUUGGCGAACACGCGACCUGAAUGAAUGAAUGAAUGAAUGUCACUUCUCUGAAAGAAGAUCCAGCAUUUAUUUGCCUGUGCCUUUCACACAGAACCAUCGUUGCAACUGUUUGUGCUUCCACACUGCAACAUUUGACGUUAACACAAAACAGCGACAUGAAAAGAAUGUGUGUAAAAAGCCGGCUUUUACAGGCCGUGUGAAAGGCGCUCGAGUGUCUGAUCAACUACUGUAGUGUCUUUUCUUUCUACCUUGUCGGAAGUUUUCGAUCAACUUCUCACUUAUCCACUGGAUGGCUUUCACUCCCAGCUUGGUGCCGUAGUUCCUGUCAAAAGGAGACGGUGCCCCUCCCUGAUGAAGUCAAGGGAACAGAUAGAUGAUCAUUUAUACUUAGCACAUGGCCACUGUAGUUGGAUAUAUCCCACAAGGUGGCGCCAUACCUGCUGGAGGUGACCCAACACAUUGACCCGACAGUCAAAAAUGUUCUUCCCCUCGGCUGAAUACAGCUUGUGGAGGAAAUCGGUCGUGUAAUGAUCAUGGCAUUUUUCAUUCCUGUCAAGGCAAAUUAAAAUACAGCAGAAGAGACAGUAAGAAAAUUAAAUAAAGGCUGGAUUUGAAUGCAACUGAAAGUAUAUUUAAUGUCUCAAAAAAUUGCAUAAAAAGAAGUCAGCCUGCCAGUCUUUUUGUGAGCUGCAGCAACUGUUAUUCAGUGCAGGUAAAUGGACUGACCUCAAUACGAGCCCCCGCUGGAUGUCCUUCUUCAUUUUCUCCGUUAGAUGUUCCACAUUGGUCUGUGAAAAGGCAGCAUGAUAAGAUGAAAUGUGGGAAAAAACUGCAUAUCUCCGAGUUAUGCUACCUUCAGGUCAUGGAUGUUAAAGGGGUCCUCAAAGAUGUAGGCUGCAUCAGCGCCCACAGCGAUACCAGUGCUGGUCGCUAGGUAACCGCAGUAUCCCCCCAUCGUUUCCACCACAAACACGCGCCUCUUUGUCCCGGAGGCAGAUUGCUUUAUCUUGUCACAGCCCUAAGGGCGGAGGUCAACAAAAAUGCAGUGUCAAGGAGAGAUAACUGUAGGCAUUGUGUGUGCAGCACAAGAAUUGGCAAACAAAUGGCUAACAAAGAAUUAGAAGUAAUUUUGGACGAAAGCAAAUGGACGUCCUUAGCCAUGAGCUUACUGUUUAUCAGGCCCUUCUUCAUAAUUUACCUGCUUCUUUAACAAAUGUGCUCAUUUUUAAGUUAUUCAGUGGUCAAAAUCCCUUGGUUCUUAAUAUCUCACAUUAUGACUGAGGUUGGAAAAAUUUGAUGUGCAUUACCUCCAUGGCAGCGUUGACAGCAGUGUCGGCUCCCAAACUGAAGUCGGUUCCGGGGACGUUGUUGCUGAUGGUAGCAGGAAUAACACACAUGGGGAUGCACAGCUCAUCGUAACGACCUCGGGCUUCGAAGAGCUCCAGUACGCCUCGCAGGGCGGAGAUGUUGUACUUGGCGAUGUUCUCCACAACCUUCUCCAUGUGUUUGCUUGGAAGGGUUCUGAAGUAGGUGACCCUCCUUGGCCCGUCCAUCCUGCCACAUUGUGCCACUGCAUUUCAAACACCUGCAGAGACACACAAGUCACUUGUUAAGAUAAGAUGCUACAAUCGAUCUACAGUGAAGGAUGCAAAUGUUUAAGGCCUCACCUCUCCAUUGGCAAAGCCCUGAAAGCCGUUGUGAACAGCGUAGACCUUGUGUCCGUGAGCGAUCGCUAAUCUCACCGCCGACCUCACCGCCGCGUUCAUCCCUGCUGCUGGGGCACCAACGUUCAGGACAGCCAGAGAGAAGUUGCUCUGAGGUACCUCCAGGAAAUAUGAAGGUCAGAGGGGAGACUCACCAUCUCCACACACUCCAUAAGAGGCAGACGGACCGCAUGGUUCCCCGAAAGGCCAAUGACGCAGGCUGGAGUGUCAGGAGAUGCCUCCAUCAGGGCGACGACUGCCUCCACGCCUAAUUUACUGCUCUGAAGAAUCACAGAGGCGGGAUGGGAGAACCUGAUUAACUUUGACCAUCUAUGAAUAGAAAAUAAAUCAGAUUUGACACAUAAUGCCUUCUUCGGUGUACAAGUUGAAAGAGACAGUGCUGAGUUCACCUUUGCUGAAGCAAAAGUCAACAUAUACAACUGACAGGAUGGGACAGACCCAAGCAGCAUUAUUUACACUGGAAUGGACCAUGCUCAUACUCCUUCCAUGCAACACACACAUACUGAUGUGUUUGCUUUGCCUUGUACUUUUGAAUUGGAAAUACUCUGUUCGAGAGAUACAGUUUCAACCUGAAAAUCACACAAUCGGUCAGGACUAAACACAAAUUUGUUGUCCCAUCACGCAGCUGUUGCUCUAUUCACAUAAACCAAGAAAACUAA